GCGAAUCGUCACAUCUCCCUUUCAUCCUCUCUCUCUCUCUCUCUCUCGUCCAAGUUCUUCUCUCUAUUCCUCGAUACGUCACCUCCGCGUGCGGGAGGUUGUUCCCGUUGUUGUCGCCAUCGCAAGGCUCCUCCGUUCCUGCUCGGUGGGUAACAAUCUCUUAAUCCACCUCCAUCAAGUCUGUAAUUUGUGUUUGUCUGGACUCGGCUGACAAGGAUGGGGAGAGUUGUGCCGUCCUCCCUUCCCGCUAUGGGGGAGAGAGCGGCGCUUGCGCUUCUUCUCCGCCUCCGCGUCGCUGCGCUGUGCGCGUACUUGAUCGCGGUAGCGUGGCCCGCUCACGGCUACCCAGAGAAGAGGCCGAUGAUGGGGUCGGACACGAGCCCAGGCAGCUACGCCUGGAUGCAGCCCCGUGCUGUGGGAGAUGAAGGACCCAACGGCGUCAGUGACGGCAGCGAGUUCUACUGCUUCCGCGACUUCAAGAGGUGUAGGAGCGGCAUCAAGGAAUGCAUCAAGCCGGAGCAGGAAUGCGACGGGGUCAAGGACUGCGAAGACGGGUCGGAUGAGGGGCAGUUCUGCAAGUCGUUCGACUGCACCAAGACGGGACGGUACAUCUGUCCGAGCGGGAAGAUGUGCAUGAACGUCACGGACUCGUAUGGCGACUGGAGAUAUACCCACAGGGAUCCGUACACCGCAUACUUGUGCGACGGCGUGAGGGACUGCGCGGACGCGUCCGACGAAGACAAGAAGUUCUGCGCAUCGUUCGACUGCAACGGGAAUGUGCCGCACAAGAAGGUGGCCAUAACGCUCGAGUGGGAGAAGUCGACCAACCGCAGAGUGCGAUGUCCAGGCGGAAAGGGUGGGUGUCUGUACGAGACGCAGCUGUGCGACGGAACUGUCAACUGCGUUAAUGCCGCGGGCAGUGACGAGAGCGAGGCGCUCUGCAAGAAGCAAGGGUGCUCGUCCGCCUUGCUCUCUGAUCUGUUUCAGUGUCGGACGGGCAGGUGCAUCCCGCGCGGGCGGAUGUGCGACGGCAAGAAGGAUUGCCCCGACGGUGACGACGAGGGGGACUUUUGUGCGAAGAUUAACUGUCCAUACGGCGGCAUCAAGUGCAGCGAUGCAAAGAACCGAACGUGCAUCCAGCAGUCUCAGCUGUGCGACGGAGUGCAGGACUGUCCCGGUGGGACGGAUGAGGCUGGCUGUGCGACGAAAGAGUGCGAGGACGGGAAAAAACUUUGCCCAAGUGGGAAAGGGUGUGCCUAUCAUACUCCGUGCGACGGCCUGAAAGAUUGCAGAGACGGAUCCGACGAGGAUCCCGCGUUCUGUAGCCACUUCAAUUGCUCGGCUGACGAGCGCGUUAAGUGCAAGGACGGCCUGCGGUGUAUCUAUCGGUCAGGUAUGUGCGACGGCCGAAGGGACUGCCCUGACCUGUCGGACGAGAACCCAGCGUCGUGCCGCACGUAUAACUGCUCCCUGUGGGGGGAGGGUACCAUUAAGUGCCCGGGGGCGGAGUAUGUCUGGUGCAUCUUUCCCGGCUCGAUGUGCGAUGGUUAUCACAACGACUGCUACGCCGACAAGGACGAAGACCCCAAGUUCUGCGCGUCGAAGGAGGCACGGGACAUCCUCGCAGAGAACGGAAGAAUAGUCUGCAGCAAUAACAUGACCAAUUACAUUUACGGUGACUACUGCGACGGGAUCAAGAACUGUGAGGAUGGGAGCGAUGAAAGGGAGAACUUUUGCAAAGUGUACACGUGUCCGAAAAACCGAGUCAGGUGUUACGGCAAGUGGUGCGUGCGCGGAGCGAAAUGUGACGGCAACUGGGACUGCCCCGAUGGGUCCGACGAACUGAACUGCUAGCCCCGCAAGCCAAGAUCGAAGACCACGACCCGCGUCCCUCCUGAACUUGGAGUCUUUUUGGUUUAGUCUGUCUAAACCUCUAAAGCCUAUCUAGCUUAGUCUAUCUAAACU